CUCGAAGGAGGCUCCAAUAUCAGAUUCGGCUCUACUCUCCGCGUUCUCUGACGCCUCUCACUCGGGAAAGGGUGGGAAACAGGGUGCACGGGAGAACGUUUUUGCUGCGCUUCGUCGGUACGACACCGUACUUAUCAUCGAUGAUUCUGGGUCCAUGCAGGGAAAGCGAUGGUCACAGGCUCGCGAAGCGAUCGCAGAGCUGGCUGCUAUCGCGUCCGAAUAUGACGCGAAUGGUAUCGACAUCCACUUCCUCAACAGCGAUCACCAGGGUAAAGGGCUCAAAAGCGCAAAAAAAGUCAGAGACGUCUUCAACAAGGUCUCUCCAAAAUAUUCUACGCCACUUGGACCCGUCGUCCGUGAAGUGCUAGCGGCUUACAAGGAUCAACUUGUUGAUGGUAAGAAAAGAAAGAAGACCAUCAAACCGGUGAAUUACCUCGUCAUCACCGACGGCAGGCCAGACGACGAGCAAGACCUUGAGGACGCGAUUGUCAAGUUUGCGCACUGGCUAGACAGGGAAGAAUAUCCUCCCACUCAAGUCGGAAUCCAGUUUGUGCAAGUAGGAAACGAUUCGGAAGCAUCUGAGUACCUCCAAAAACUAGAUAACAAUCUGUCGCCAAAGAAAGGGAUCAGAGAUAUUGUUGACACCGAACGGUACAACGGCGACGUGACUGCCGCGAAGCUCAUUAAGCUCAUGAUUGGCGGCAUCAAUCGACGUGUAGAUAUCAAGGGUGGGGAGGUCAUGAUGCAGCAUUAG